AUGUGGCCCAAGUCUGUUUUCUUGCUCAACUUUGCUUUCAUCCUGCACCAAGCUGCCUGUGCUCCGACUCCCGAGCUUUCAUCUCUCACAACAGAUUAUGAAGUUAUUGUCGUAGGUGGCGGGCCUUCGGGGCUCGGUGCUCUCAGUUCCCUUGGACGCAUUUGCCGCAAGGCUUUAAUGAUCGACUCUGCCCAGUAUCGCAAUGCGCCAACGAGACUCAUGCACGAUGUUGCUGGUUUUGAUGGUUGUGUAACGCCAGCGUAUUAUCGAUGGUCUGCCAUGCAGCAGAUUGCUCAUUACCCGACAGUCAGUGCAGUGAACGGAACAGUCACCAGAAUUCAGCCUGAAGCGAACUACACAUUCUUCAAUGUAUCGUGUACAUCGGUAGAUGGUAUAACUUCUACGUAUACCGCCAGGAAAGUCAUCUUGGCGACUGGUCUGCGUGACCUUCUUCCGGAAACACCUGGGCUACAAGAGAACUUCGGGAAGGGUAUAUACUGGUGUCCUUACUGCGACGGGAUCGAACAUGCCGAUCAGUCGAUGGGUAUUCUUGGUCCUCUUGACAUGGUUAUCGAGGCAGCUGCCGAGGCUAUCACUCUAAACUCCGACAUUGUGAUUUUCGCCAAUGGUACCGACACGCCCGAAUACCGUUCCAAAGCUGACAAACAAUUUGCUGAGAACUCGUCUGAAUAUCUUCGCAAAAGAAACAUUAAAGUUGACAAUCGUACCAUAACUCGUAUCACUAGAUUACAAGAUGGUGGAGCACAUGAGAGGGAUCCGAGCCUGCCAAUGGUACCUGAACAUGAUCUCUUCAGAGUCGAAUUCGACGACUUUGGGAGAAUGGAACGUCAGGUACUCUUUACAGUCUUCGGUAGCGAGCAAAGGUCUCCGCUUGGAGAAAUGCUUGGAGUCACCAUGGCUAAUGGCAUGAUGGAAGUGGAUCGCAUAAGCAUGCGCACAAAUGUGCCUGGCAUCUAUGCUGUUGGCGAUGCGAGUACUGACAAAAGCACCAACGUCUUACAUUCACUUUACACCGGGAAAAUUGCAGUUGUAGAUAUUAACAGUAAGUCAACUGUCUCCAAUGCGGUAGCCCUCAAGUCAAUUGGUAGCUGA